UUUAUAAAUAAUUUGAAAUUUAUUAUUCCGCGGAUGGCAGGAAAGAAGAAGGCUGAAGAGAACAAGAAGACUAAGAAAGACAAAAAGGCCAAAGAGGACCAGAAAGACGAGACUAAGAGCAGAAGGAAGAGCAAGGCUAAGGAAGACAAGAAGAAAGACAGAAAGGACUCUGGCUCUGAUGAAGAAGAGAAGAAAAUGAAGAAGGACCCAGCUGCCCCAAAGAAAGCUCUGAAUGCCUACAUGAUCUAUAGUGGCAAGAUCAGAGCCAAGGUAGUGGAAGAGAAUCCAGGCAAGAGCGUUGGCCAGAUAGGCAAGAUCCUUGGGAAGAUGUAUGAAAAGCUGAAGAAAGAUGUUGAAGCUGAUAAAGAAAGAUACAAAAAGCAGCUAGAAGAGUAUGAGGAGAAAGGGUUCUACAAGAGAGACGAUGGCACUACUUCUGACAAGCCAUCAAAGAAGGAACUCAAGCUCAAGAAAGAAAAAGAGAAGGAAAGAAAGCAGAAGGAAAAGGAGAAAAAGAUGAAAGAGGAAGAGAAGGCAGCUAAGGAUGAUGACUAUGAGCCUGAAGAUGGCAAGAAGCUAGGAAAGUCAAAGGGGAAAAGGAAGUCCAAGCACCUUGAGCCCGAGAAGAGAUCUCCAUCUCCCAGAAGAUCUCCUAGACUUUCUCAGAAGAGUGGUUCUCCCUCUCCAAGAAGAUCUCCCAGACACUCAAAAGUGAAGGCAAAGUAAGAAAAUUUUCAC